AUGUCACUACCCCUUCUGAAAGCCAUGGACCUAUCCUCUCUCGAACCGAAAGAAGGUUGGACCUUAAAAGGUUUUCUAGCUGUAUUCGAAGAACAGCGACAGCGGAUCCAGUUUCAUUUACAGAAACGCGCUAAAUCUAUAGAUCUCGCGAUUGAGAGGUUUGCCGCAUUAAAAACGCAAGUGGCUGCUUUACCAAAUGCAAUCAAAGAAUUGCCGUAUUUUGAAUUCAUUAAUCGGGACCAUCACAACCCGGUGCUGGAUGCGUCUGAAGUGAAGAAACGUAGUCGCAUGGAAUGGGAAGAAUCGGUUCGUACCCGAACGGGUAAACGCCCACGUCGUGGUGUGCAGUCCAGCACUGAAAAACGUCCCCACGCUUCCACCGUCAAACGUGGCACCGCACCUGAGUCAGUGAUGCUCAAUCUUCAGUCCAUCAUGGAGAAUGAUCAUGAUCUCAGAACCGGAGACCAGACCGCAUUUGCAUCUGGCGAGCCAAGCGUUCAAACGGUGAGUAUUUUUGUAACUGAACCGUGUCCGGCGAAACGGAGAAGCAGCACUGAGCGAAACCAUGAAAGCUACACAGAAAUGAAAAUAUUGAGAUUUGGAUGUGUAGGAAAUGGGCACAUGCGCUAA